AUGCAACAUCAGCAAUUGGGGACUCUAGCUUAUACCAAGAGUCCCAAGACUUCAACACGAACAACGUUUCAGGAUGAACUUCAGGCUGCUGUUUCUGCCCGGGCAAACCGAGUCGUGAUGGACCAAUAUUCUUCCAACGACUUCGAAGACGAGGAUGAUUUUUUAAAUGAACUUCUUAAAUCAAGAAAGAAGAAGACAGAGACACUCAAGAAAAGAGAUGCUUUGGAAGACAUGACUCCACUGGUACCUGAUACCUGUGAGGACAAUGCAGUAAAUGCAGCCCCAAGAAAAGAACUCCCCACACCCAAACCACGGCAAAGAGCUCUCACCAGAACUAACCAAGCACAAAUCAAUGAGUUAUGUUCAACAACCAGUGAGCCAUCUAAUCAGCAUACCACAUCCAGGUGCAGUCCAAAUCUUUCAGAAGGAGUGCAAGAAGCUCAAAAUAACAGAAGUCAUUCCUUGUCAAGUAUGGGUGAACAUUCAAUGCUCACAAAGUCUACACUGGACUCAGAAUCAAAAAAUGGUUUUACUUCAGAGGACAUAGAUAAUAAUUGUCUUUCACUUGAAGAACUCACCGUAUCUCAGCCACAGACUACAUUGGACGAGCCAGUGGAUCUGACAGAUUGUGCGACUAAAAAUAGCGUUCCUGUCUCUGAAAACCUGCAUGAUACAUUAGUUUCAGCUUCUCGUACCAAAGGCUGUGGGAGUGUGAGGACAGUGCAGUCUAAGUACCUUGGGUCCCUGAGAGUUCUGGAUCGCACCAUUUCUCUUCAUGAAGCACAAGAAUCACAAGAACCCGACUCACUACGAGCUGCAGUUUAUCAGGAAUGGAUUAGGAAGAAAAAAGAGAGUUUGAAACAAAGUAUGGAAAUGAAGAAAAAAGAGUUUUCUGUAAAAGAAAAACAAAAAAAGGAUCAGGAAGCUAAAAAGGAAGAGGCUAAAGUCUCCUAUGAAGCAUGGAAAGAAAGUAAACGGGAAAGUCUCAAGGAAAAACACAAAGAGCAACAAGAAAGGAUCAGAAAGGAGCAGAGAGCAAGAGAGGAGAAAGAGGAGAAGCGACGGACAUCGAAACAGGUAUUUGAUCAAUGGAAGCGUGAGCGGGAUAUUCUCCUCAAAGAAAAACACCAGAGAAAAACAAAAGAGGAAACCGAUCAAGAAUUACAAAAACAAGAAAAAGAGAAAGACAGGAGAAAAGCAAAUUAUUCAGCCUUCACUGAGUGGAACGAAAAAAAGAAAAACCUCCUUUAUGAAAGAGCCAUUGAAAAACGUAAAGAACUCAACAAUACCGUCAGAACUGAACGCAGUUUGAAAGAAGAAAAGGAUAAAUUGGCAUUAGACAUGUACGAGAGUUGGCUGGCAAAGAAGACUAUAGAAUAUGAAAGACACAAAGAAGAGAGCUGGUUUCAAGGAAUACUUAAUGAUGGCACCACCCCUCCUCCAUGGAGCCCUCCAAACAAAACUAUACCGCGGGGAAAAUAA